AAUGCAGCCAUACCUCUCCUUUGAGGGUAUGUUCACACCAGGUAUGUCCUACCACAACACAAGGCAAACUGCCUUGUCUCCUACCCAGGGGCGGACUGACAACUCAUGGGGCCCCCGGGCAAUAGGGGACCAUGGGGCCCCUGUGUCCUUGCCCAAACUCAAAAAAGUCUAUGAAAAAGGUACCAGGGGCAUCUCAUGGGGCCCCCUACUGACCCCGAGCCCUCGGGCAGUGCCCGAGUUUCCAAAUGGUCAGUCCGCCCCUGCU